GCCCCGGAGCUCUCGAUGCCCGCUCCCCUCCCGGCCUGGGUUCCAGAGGCUUCAGUCAAGUACAUCCUUCAUCGGCCCUGGACCUCUCUUGUCCCUUCCCUUUACUACUCUUCCUCAGAUCGGGCCAGGGUCCCUUUGCGAAGGUCUGCAGAUGCCCAAGUCUCCCCAACACACUUACAACGAGACCUCUCACUUAGCAACUACAACCUGGCUCAUCUAAAGCAAAGCCAUUCAUUCCCUCGGUCAGGAUCAAUACUUCCCCCUCCAAGCCAGGUAAAGAUCCUGACCUAAGGACUUGCAACCACCAAGCCUAAGCCCAGAGAUGGAAGCAAAUGAGACCACAGAAGAUCCUCAGGCCACCAUGGGUGCAAAGGAACGCUCUUCUUUAAAGAACCCCUCUGCUGAAGUGCUGGAGCCCACUAGCCUUAACAGUCCCUUGGAGCUUUCCAGCUCACAGACAUCUUCACAGCCUCCUGCCGCCGCUGCCGACGCCCUUUUUUUGACAUCUAUUUCACCGAACCCCGAGACUGAGGCCUCUGAGGACCUCCAGGAGCCUUCUGUCUCUGGAAGUACUUUAAAGUCCCACAGCACCAGGCUUCCUUCCGAAUCGCCCCAGGGUUCCUCUGAAAGCCUUUUAAAUUCUCCCCAGUCUGUGACCUCUCUAGAAAAAGCCAUCACCGAGAUCCCGUUGGAGGACGCUACAGAUGAGAUUCUUAUCUCUAAAGUCCGAAACAAUGCUCUUCAGCUCUCACAAAAGAAGGAUGUCCCAGCGUCUUCCCGUAGGCUUUAUUCUGAUGCAGAUCCACGGACCCAGGUCCCUGAAUCUGAGCACUCUCCAAAGUACUCCUUUGCAGGACCUUCCACCCAGGACAACGUGGACACAUCUGCAAAGUGGGGGGAAACAGAGGAAGAUGAGCUGAUAGUGGGUACUAGUGACGACACUGCUCAUGCAGCCAAGCCUGAGCCUCAUGCGAGCAAGAAGAAGGAGAAAAGAGUUGGUGGUUAUACAAGCCGCCCAGCGGUCCCUGCUAAGCGGGCAGAGCUGAUGAAUGUGGCUAAGCCAGUGAACAGAGAACAGUUUGGUGCUCGGGUGAAAAAUCUUUUCCAAUGGGAAAAGGAUUCAGCCCUGAAGGCCAUCCAGACAGGUCUCUAUAUUGGCUGGCGCUGCCCCCAUUACUUAUGGGACUGUUUCCGGAUUGGAGAUGAGUCCAAAUGCUUUUGUGGACAUUUGUUGAAAGAACACCAGAUCAUCUCAGAUCUGUCGGUGCCCUGCAGUGUGAGUCAGUGCAGGUGCCUCAUGUUUUGUUUCAUCCCGUCACGCCCAGAGGAGGUAGGGGAGUUCUGGCUUAAGAGACGGGCCACCUUCGAUCCCAAAGCCUGGAGAGCCCAAUGUCGCUGUAAACAUACUCACGAAGAACACGCAGCCACCGGAGCUCACCCCUGCAGGCACCGUGGCUGUUGCUGCAGCUGUUUUGAGUCGAAUUUCCUCUGUGCGGCCUGUGACCGGCGCUGGGAGGAACACGAGACUUUCUUCGAGAAUGAAGAGACCAGGCGAAGAGGAGGGAGACCUUAUGGAGCAGACUAUGUGCCUUUUGCAGAGAUGCCUGCCCUCCGAGAUGCCAUCCUCACCAACUCUGACCUUGAGGCCCUCCAGAUGCAGGGUGUCUCUGGCCACCCCAGCUCUCACCCUAGAUCCCUUGCACCCCCUGGUCCAAGUAACCUCCAGCCUGGCCCUAAAUCUAACCCCCACCCCUGACCCUUUCACCUCUGCUCUUCCCUCCUCCAGGGACAAACACUGUCAACAACUGGCGCAGGCCUUUUUGAGCCUGGCCAAGAUCAACAAUAAAGUGGAAGCCAAUAGAA